ACAUGUAUUCUCUCACGAGAGACUGACUGACUCAGGGCUCAUGGUGUGAACACUGUGCUACAACUGAGGCAGAUUCAGGAUGAAGUGUUCCCAGAAAACUUGUUUGAGGGCCAAUGACUUGCUCUUGUGUCUGGGACUACUUCUGCACUGUGGGGAAGCAAAAGUGAACACCGAAGCGCAGGCUGGGCCUCUGUAUCGUGUGGUGGGCUCUGAACUCUCCAUCUCUUGCAAUGUGAGUGGCUUCACAGAUGAUAGCAUUACUAAAGAAAUUCAAUUCCGUGUGAAGAAGCCUGCAAAAGCAAUCGAAAUCAACAUCAUCAGCACCGGAGACCUAGAUUUCAGCUAUUCGGUGUAUAAAUCACGCGUGAGGAGCGACGAAAUUACUCUGAAACAUGAAAAUCCAAACUCAGUAUUCUUUAAGAUACAACGACUAGAGAAAGGUGAUGAAGGGGAAUAUGAAUGCUCUGUAGUCAACCAUGAAGCUAAUUAUGAUGGAAGAUACAGUGUUAAGACAACAGUGAAAGUGAUUGACAACUCCCUUAGUGUUUCAUCACCUGCCUCCCCCCCCACACUGAGCUAUAAUGAGGGUGAUGCUCUCACUUUAACAUGCCAGGCAUCCAGCAACACCAUCCAGCACACCCAUCUGUCUUUUGCCUGGUAUCUCCACAAAGACGGUGAGGAUCGUAAGCCUAUCAUUUCUCUGGGUAGAGAUUUCACACUGAGCCCAGGUUCGGGUUUUGAAGGGCGCUACCAAGCUGGACACAUAAGGUUAGAUAAAUUGGGGGAGACCACAUACAAGCUAAACAUGGCUCAGCUCAAACUGUCAGACCAAGGCAGGAUCUACUGCCAAGCUCAGGAGUGGAUUCAAGAAUCUGACCAAUCCUGGUAUUCCAUCGCAGAGAAAGCUGCAAAGGAAACUACCCUGAAUGUCAAAGCCAGAGAAGUCCUGCCAGACACGUCGUCUCUGGCGGUGAGUAUUUCUGCACAGGCGGUGACUCUGCAAAAGGGGCAAGAGCUGUCACUGUCCUGCAAUGUUGACACGCAGAACCUCAAUGAAAGGUUCUUCUCUGUAGCCUGGCUCAGAGGAAAUGUUGAGCUGGUCCGCAUUGACCCUACAGGCAUUCAGUCUGUGGGGCCCCAGUACAGUGGGCGAGUGAAAGAAGGAGAGCUCAGAGCAUCUCGGAUAGGGGACAGAGAUUACCUUCUCAUAUUGCAGCACGUCAGAACCGAGGACCAAGGCCAGUAUAUCUGCAGAGCAUGGCUCCAGGACAGAGGUCCAGAUGGUGCCUUUACACAGGGAGCUCCCCAGGACUCCAGCUCUCAGGAGAUCAGCAUCUUAACCACAGAAAGUGGGUUCUCAGUUGAAAUGGAAAACACUGUGGGUGUUAACGAAGGUUAUGGGCUGAUGCUCACCUGUAAAGUGCAUGGGGUCACAGGUCAACUCUCUGUCACCUGGCAGCGCAAACCGACAUCCACAUCAGCGGCCAUUUUCACCAAAGUCAUUAGUCUAAGUCAGGAGGGUGUCGUGGAAAAAGCGGAGUUCAUGAGUCACAAAGUAAAUGCAACGCGUUCUGCGGCUGGCACCUUCAUCCUUGAGCUUGAUGAGGUCAGACCUUCUGAUGCAGGAGUCUACGAGUGUGCUGUGUCUGAGUGGGAAAGCAACAGCAAGACCAACAGCCAAUCACAGACGACCACUGUGACAGUGGUUCCUUCGGAAUCUUUUGUGAAAGUGUCACUGAUAAGUCGCAACAACAAUGUGACUGUGGGAGAAAAUGUGGAGUUGAUGUGCCUGGUCAAAGGGCCACCUGUACCAAUUACACUGGCUUGGAGCCUGCAGCGUGAUGCCUCAACCAUAGAUAACAUCCUGACAAUGUACUAUGAUGGUGCCAUCAGCUGGUCUGGAGACCAGAGCCGCUACCAGCUGAAAGUAAAGAAACAAAAGAAUGUAGUCUUUCACUAUUUGCUCAUCAACGGUGUGAGCCAAAGUGAGGUGGGAAUCUACCAGUGUAGAGUUUCUGUUUUCCUGGAUAAUGCAUAUAAGAAGCUGCCUCUAUCCAACCUGGUGGCUAUUUCGGUGCUGAACCCAACGAGCAAACUUGAUCUGACGCCAACCCCUGCCUUGACAGAAAACAUCAACACUGACAUCAAAAUAAAAUGCUCAGUCAACUCAAAACCCUCUGCUCCCACUCACUAUGCAGUCACCUGGCUACUGCAGAAGCAGGCAGAAAGUACGAUGAUUAUGAAAUCAGACAGGGAUGCUCUAGUUACAUUCGGACCAAAUGUACAACCGAGCCACAGUCAGCGAAUCAGCAUGAAGCGCACUCAAGGCCCCAGUUUUGAGUUAAAUAUUCGGCAAGCUCGAAUUUCAGACAAUGGUUCAUAUGUCUGUGAGGUGGUGGAGUGGCUUCAAGAUCCUCAUGGUGACUGGUAUCAGCUCUCACCAGUUUCCAAAACCACAGAGCUCACAGUUAUUGAGCCUGCCAAUGACCUUCAAUUAGAAAAGAAAGAGCAGUGGUUGACUGCCAGGGAGGGAGACGAAGUGGAGCUGAAGUGUAACAUCAUCUCAGGUGCAUCCAGUCCAUCUUUUUUCUACAAAGUUACUUGGCUAUACACCGGACACGGUUCUUCGGUCCGCAGCCCCCUGGUGGAGCUUGACCACAAAGGCCUGCUGAGUUACCCAGGGAACCAGGAGCUCAGAGGACUGCAGGGGCGGCUUCAUUUCUCCAGACCCACCCAGAGAAGCUUUUAUCUGAGAAUAAAGAGGGCCCAUGAGGAGGAUAAUGGUACCUACCAGUGUCAGGUGGAGCAAUACCAGCUGGAUCAGGAAGGUCACUGGCAGCAAAAGGCCUCUGACAGCGCUGGCCCCAUCUUGCUGACUGUGAAUGUUACAGACAUCAACCUGUCUGUUGUGGAGGAAGAACGGGAUUUGAAUCUGACCAGAUCCCAGAAUUUCACAAUCCCUUGUCAUAUCACCAAACAAUCCAGCAAUGAAUCUGAGCUCCAGGUCACAUGGUUUUGGCAGAAAGAGUCACAAACGGAACAACGCCCCAUAUUCACAAUUUACCGUAACGCCACCCUACAAGACAGGCUUGGGAAGGGUGAUAAGCUAAGAUUUGGCCACCCUUUGCCAAAACAAUUCAGCCUUACAGUCUCAAAGACAAGCCCUGAAGAUAGUGGCCUGUAUUUCUGUGAGGUAGAAGAGUGGCUCCUAUCUCUUUCUCUUGGGUGGAGAAAGGUUGCUGUGGAAAAGUCAGGACAUUUGACUGUUCAUUUCUAUGAUGAAGGAUUCGUUAAAGCCAUCUCCGAGCCAGAAUGCAAGUCUGAUAUCUGGAUGGGGAUGCUCAUAGUUACUGUCAUCUGCUCAAUGUUGGUCAUAGUCCUACUGGUGCUGAAGACAUGCCGGAGCAAGGUCUCAGGAGGAAAUAAGUCUGGUGAAAAUCUGUGGGCUGAGCAACACGCUCUUAACACCAAACCCAUUGCAGACGAUUGAAGCUCAAAGAUCAGAGGAGAAAAAGAGAGAAAAAAACGCAUGCACUGAUAUUCUUGUGUAAUGUAAUACAUGCAAUGUUUUAUAAGUCAAACAUUUUCACUGUAUUUACAGCAUUUUUUAUUAUGUUUUAUUUAAUAAUUAUUUGUUAAAUAAUUCUUUUGAUAAUAGUCAAUACACGUUUUUUGAAAUGUUCUUACUGCCUUUAUGAAUUCUUGAAUGUAUUCAUGAUAAUUAAUAAGGCACUUUUCCUUUUGCAGCUAAAACAUCUUUGCAUAAUCACCAGCUUCUUACUGCCUGCAAUGGACACUUGAGCUAGGCAGGAGAUCAACUUUGUGGCUUUACACCUACAAAGCAACAUACCGUGAAUGACAGAUUCCUUUUUAUGUAACAUCGUUCAGGCAGCUUGAUACUAUGUCUUUGAUGGGGAGAAGUCAGAGCAUAGCAUGUCUAAGGGAGCAGCUAAGCAGACGAAAUGUGUUUUUUUCUGAAAGCAUGACGGGCAAUGACAGUGAUCUGUAGUUCUGCAAAAGCACAGGAUGCCUCUGUGGUCUGAGAAACUGCUGAGAUGCAAGUGUGACAGGAUUUGAAUAGACAAGUCACAGUUUGAGGUUAAUUUCAUGCAAUUGAAGUGCAUAUCAGCCAUACAACAUUUACAUGUGAUUCUGAAUGCACAAUACAACUUAUAUAGAUGAGACGUGGAAGUUGUAUGUUUUGACUGUGUUUCAAGGAGUCUGCGCUUCCUGAAUAUGUGUUUGUGUGUAGAGUCUGUGCAAACAGCGCUUGUUGAUUUUUGUUUGUUUUGGCUGGCCCAAUCACAUUGGAUUUUUAAUUAAACAUUUACUAUGAGAUGAAAAAUCUGACUUUCAA